UGGGAAUUGCUCCGUAAGAAAGUCUUUGGAGAUGAUGAGGAGGAGGAGGGGGAGAUCUCUAGCUUAAGAGAAAUCGGUGUUAAAAUUGUGGAAAAAUGUGACGGUCUUCCUCUUGCAAUCAAGGCCAUUGCUGGGGUUUUAAGGUCGAAGAAGAAAAGCACCAUGGGAUGGAAUAUGGUGCUCGAAAGUGAUGCUUGGUCUAUGAGUCGACUUGAAGAAGAACUCCCAGGAGCUCUAUUUUUAAGCUACGAAGAUUUACCCUCUGACCUCAAACAGUGUUUUCUUUAUUGCUCGUUGUUUCCUGAGGAUUAUCCAAUGAAUCGCGAUGAGCUUAUUCGUUAUUGGGUGGCUGAAGGAUUUGUAAGAAGAACACAGGGAGAUACGAUUAUGGAAGAUUUAGCAGAGGAUUUCUGUAGGGAGUUAAUCGGGAGGAACCUUUUACAGCCAUGUGAUGAGUUUGGUGAAUUGAGUCGCCUAGCUGGCAAUUACUGCAAGAUGCAUGAUCUGCUACGUUCCCUUGCUCAUUUUUUGAUACAUGAUGAGAGCAUUUUUCUUGGUGAUCACGAGCAAUCACCUCACACAAAUCCUUUGAGUAAGCUACGACGUUUGUCAAUGGUUAACACAAGGGAGAGCCUAGAAGUUCCUGAUGUAAUAAAACAGCAAAAAUGCCUAAGAACUCUUCUUGUUUGGAGUAGUUAUGAGACAAAGAUGGUCGAGAAUGAACUUUUUAAAAAAUUGAGGUUUCUACGGGUCAUGGACCUAAGCAAAACAAGACUUGAGAUCCUUCCCGACUCCGUAGGAGAUCUUUUGCACCUGAGAUAUUUAAAUGUUUCUACGACGGGGAUCAAGGAGUUGCCAGAGUCCAUCGGAUGCCUCGUAAACCUACAGAUAUUGAACUUGGCACGUUGUGAAUUCUUGCAUACUCUCCCCAAGACCAUCACAAAAUUGUACAAUCUAAGAUGCCUUUGUGUUGAAGGAAUUCCAUUAACUCAUGUGCCAAAGGGAAUAGGCAAAUUAAAACAUCUGAACCAUCUUCAUGUAUUUGUGAUCCGGCAUGAUGAUAGAAGAGAUGAUGAGGGGUGUGAUUUGAAGGAGCUGCAAUGUCUCUCCCAGCUGAGAUUCCUGGAGAUAAACAGAUUGGAGAGGACACAACCAGCGGGAGCUCCGGUAUUCGCAAACGGCCGCUUUCUGAAGACACUGAUUUUGAAUUGCAAUCAACAGGAAGAUGACGCAGAAGCAACCGCAAUCCAGAAAAUUGACACCAUUUACAAUGACCUGUCUCCUCAAUCCACCCACCUACACAGACUUGAGAUCAAUUACUUCUUUGGUAGUAGAUUUCCCAGCUGGAUGAUGUCAACUUCCUUGCAUGUCUCUUUUCCUAACCUGACGGAAAUAAGACUCUCUGUUUGUAAAUCAUGUCCGCAACUUCCUCCACUGGGCCUGUUGCCCCAGCUGAAAUCUCUUUAUAUUAAGAGAGCAUAUGCAAUCAAAACCAUCGGACCUGAAUUUCUUGGCCCCCGUGCAUCAUCAGCAACGACUUCAUUUCCCAAGCUCGAAGAGCUGGAAUUUACAAGGAUGUCCAACUGGGAAGAAUGGUCGUUUGGUAUGGUGGAGGGGGUUGGUGAAGAAAGAAGAGGAGCCCCCAGGUUACUGCCUUGUCUAUCAACGUUGGUUCUUUUUGGUUGUCCCAAGCUAAGAGCUCUUCCAGAAGGCCUACGGCAUGCCACCAAUUUACAGGAAUUGAAUAUCUAUGGAGCCGACAACCUAAAAGAAAUCAGCAACCUUCCCUCAUUGAAAUAUCUGAUAAUAAGCAAUUGUCCGAGGUUGGAGCACGUGGAGAACCUUGAUAAGUUGCAAAACCUAUUUGUAAGAUUAGAGACAUCCACCACCGAUGCUGAUGGACAGACAGAGCGCCUCCUACAGUGGUUAUUGGAGCUACUCGGGCAGCAUUCUCUUCAAGAAUUUAAACUAGGAUGCAGCUUACCAGUCCUUAAGACCUUCCUCAAGGACGGCCCCAACUGGCCCAUCAUUCAGCCGAUCCCCAUGGUCUGGAUCCUUGAGUGUGGGCAUCCAGAUCGUAGCUCAUCAUAUAUUCGGUAUACGAAGGAUCCACCCAAUUUCGAAGCCAACGUCGUGGAAUCAGAAGAAGCAGUGGACUGAUAAAGCAAGGGUCCACAAGCAUCCUCUUUUCACCGAGAUGCCAAUGCUCAUGUUUCUUUCUCGAGGACAGAGGAUCACUGGGUGCUCAGGAUUUUCCCUAUAUUUCGCUUGAUGCUUUUUCCCCCUCCUUUCAUGGUUUCGUUGUUUGAUUUAAACAUUUCUGUUGGAUUUUAUUUUGCCCUCUGUAAUUUUUAUUUUCUGGAGUUCCGAAACAUUUGUAAUUUCCUUUUCCUGUUGUUUUGAUGACAUUAUCAUUUGCUGGUGUGUAACUUCUAGAAAUUUGUAUGCAAUAAAUCAGCAGUCUUUCUCCCA